UGUCUGUUUUGGUCACAGCAUUAUCCCCAGUGCCUAAAACAAUACCAAGUAUACAGAUACUCAUAAAUAUGUGUAAAAUUCAUGAACAACCUUGUGAAAAGCAAGUGCUAUUGUUACCAUGCCCAUUUUGCAGAUGGAGAAACUAAGACAUAGAUAGAUACAUUGCCAUUUUCAAGGUCAAACGGUCACAUAAGUGUGAAGGCUCAUAUUCAAAUGGGAUAUCUGGCUCUGGAACCCACCUCUCCAAUACUAGUGUUCUUUUUAAACACCACAGGCGUUUUGCUUUGAUGAAAAUACAACAGAAGUUAAAAUUAAACCCCUCAUUACAGAUCCUGUGAUCACUAUACAAUUUCAAAGCCAAAAGGUCACUAAAUUUCAGUGAACUUUCUCUAUUUUCUUUCUAUUUUUGGUUUAUUAGCAGUCAUCCCAGUUCCCCAGCCUCAGGGUGCUCGGUCCCAUCCCUCACCUCUCCAAGCCUCACUGUUCCCUCCGUUUUGCUCUUCACCUCCACUUCUCUCAUUUCACAUCUGCUGUUCCAACGCCUUAGUCUUAAUACAUUUCUCACCAAGGCCUUUGCAAAUAAGUAAAAGGCAAGUUUCCUGCCCCACGCCCCCCUCCUCCACCCUGAAACCCUGCUGCCAACCACCUUUAAGACUGUUAUCUUCUGCUUCUGGUGACCCCUGGCAUUUCAAAUAACCUUGGUCCGUUGCCAUUUCUUGCUGGAUCCGUUUGCCCCAUCUCCAUUAGUCUCGGAGCAAUGAGAGGAGGGGUCAAGCUGAGCUCUGGCAUCCUGAAAAUAGGAGUACAGUAAAAUGCAACCCAUCCCCAAGUCCCACUCUCAAGGCAACCACUUCUGACAUUUUUUCUUCGCUCAACGAUAUACUUUUAUGCAUUUAUCUAACUUCCUGCCUGGCUCUGGGGGAGGGGCUCUUGCCCCUCUAUCAUUGACAGAAGUGGGCGGGGAAGGGUUCUCUAAUGUAUAUCUGCAGUUAUGGCCUUAAAUCCUCCUAGGGAACUGAGACUGGGAGGUGAGAAAUCCAGCCUAUCCCUCCAGCCAGAGCCUGGAUUCAGAACCAGAUUUUUUAAAAUCCCUAUAGGUUGACUUAAAAAAAAAAAAAAAAAAAUCAAAUACAAAGAGACUCCAACAGAAAACCCACCGUCUCCCUCCCCCACCCCGCUCUUCCCCUCCCAGCGCGUGGGCUGUUACUCAACCUUGAUGUCUCCAUUUUAUUGCAUAAGUUUUCAAACCAUUAAUUUGUGUGUUUAUGUUUGACUAGGCAAUGCAUACCCGUGGCUCAAAAACUCACAAGUUUGGAGACCCUGAUACGCCCACCUUCCCAGCUGCACUCCGCGUUUCCCUUGGCCGCCUGGCAAGAUGAAGCCUAAACUGAUGUAUCAGGAGCUGAAGGUGCCUACUGAGGAGCCUGCCGGCGAGCUGCCCAUGAAUGAGAUCGAGGCAUGGAAGGCUGCCGAGAAGAAAGCCCGCUGGGUCCUGCUGGUCCUCAUCCUGGCAGUUGUGGGUUUCGGUGCCCUGAUGACUCAGCUAUUCUUAUGGGAAUACGGCGACUUGCAUCUCUUUGGGCCCAACCAGCGCCCAGAGCCCUGCUAUGACCCCUGCGAAGCAGUGCUGGUGGAGAGUAUCCCCGAGGGCCUGGACUUCCCCAGUGCUUCCACUAGCAACCCUUCCACCAGCCAGGCUUGGCUGGGCCUGCUCGCCGGGGCCCACAGCAGCCUGGACAUCGCCUCCUUCUACUGGACCCUCACCAACAAUGACACCCACACUCAGGAGCCCUCUGCCCAGCAGGGCGAGGAGGUCCUCAGGCAGCUCCAGGCCCUGGCACCUCGAGGUGUGAAGGUUCGCAUUGCUGUGAGCAAGCCCAGUGGUCCCCAGCCCCAGGCAGAUCUGCAGGCCCUGUUGCAAAGCGGUGCCCAGGUCCGCAUGGUGGACAUGCAGAAGCUGACCCAUGGCGUCCUGCACACCAAGUUCUGGGUGGUGGACCAGACCCACUUCUACAUUGGCAGUGCCAACAUGGACUGGCGCUCCCUAACCCAGGUCAAGGAGCUGGGCGUGGUCAUGUACAACUGCAGCUGUCUAGCCCGAGACCUAACCAAGAUCUUCGAGGCCUACUGGUACCUGGGCCAGGAGGGCAGCUCCAUCCCAUCAACCUGGCCCCGAUCCUACGACACCCUCUACAAUCAAGAAACACCAAUGGAGAUCUGCCUCAACGGCACCCCUGCUCUGGCCUAUCUGGCAAGUGCACCCCCGCCACUGUGUCCUAGUGGUCGGACCCCGGACUUGAAGGCUCUGCUCAACGUGGUGGACAGUGCCCGGAGUUUCAUCUAUAUCGCAGUCAUGAACUACCUGCCCACCAUGGAGUUCUCCCACCCUCGCAGGUUCUGGCCAGCCAUCGACGACGGGCUGCGGCGGGCAGCCUAUGAGCGGGGCAUCAAGGUGCGCCUGCUGGUCAGCUGCUGGGGACACUCUGAGCCGUCCAUGCGGGCCUUCCUGCUCUCCCUGGCUGCCCUGCGUGACAACCACACCCACUCUGACAUCCAGGUGAAAUUCUUUGUGGUCCCUGCGGACGAGGCCCAGGCCCGGAUCCCAUAUGCCCGAGUCAACCACAACAAGUACAUGGUGACUGAACGUGCCGCCUACAUUGGAACCUCCAACUGGUCUGGCAGCUACUUCACAGAGACGACGGGCACCUCGCUGCUGGUGACACAGAAUGGGCAGGGCGGCCUACGGAGCCAGCUGGAGGCUGUUUUCCUGAGGGACUGGGACUCCCCUUACAGCCAUGACCUCGACACCUCAGCCGAGAGCGUGGGCAAUGCCUGUCGCCUGCUCUGAGGCCUGUCCCAGUGGAUAGGCUGAGGCCUUCAAGGCCCCCAUAGACCCAGAUGUCCUGGGUCAUGGUCCCUGUCCCCGUGCUCCCGCUUCUGCCUGUCCCAUUGUGGCUCCACAGGCCCCCUUGCUCUCCCACCUCUACCUCCACCCCUGCUGGCCUGACGCUGUGGCCCCAGGUCCCAGCCAAGCUGGGGGAAGGGUCAGCCCCAGAAGAAGUGGGGGUGCAUGCUGGGCCAGCCUCUCCGGCCCACCCCCUUCCCAGGGCAAAGAGGGCCCAGGGUUAUAAGUAAAUAACUUGUCUGUACA